GUGAAUUGAUUGCUUUUGGAAGUCGUGAAUCGCGCCCCCAAGUGGAUGCAGAAGCCAAGACGCAUUGUGCGUAAUUGGAGCGCAGCUACGUACUACUAACUUUCUCUGCCCAAAUUCACCUUUGCUGUCUCACGUCGACGACGCUAGCGUCUCUUUUUCAUGAUCAAUGUUUUGUGUUUUCUGAAAAGUUGACGUGUCGCUCCCGUUCAAGUCAACGCUGCUUCUCCGCGUCAAGCGCCGCCUCCCUCCGCGACAGUCGUGGAAUGAGUGAUCGCGCAUGACACUACUUUUUUGCAGGAUUUAUGAACUCGAAACGUCUUAUUUCAGGCUCGAACGGAGUAAAGUGAGGACUGAGAUGUUCUUCUCCUGAACUCCAUCUUGAUAAAGGCUUCCAUCAUUCACAUAAAAACAUGGCAUCUAAUAUAAUUGUGGAGCAACAAUUUUCCCACAAGUUCACGGUGACAGUUGUUCGAGCCGAGAGUGUCACGAAGGGAAAACUUGGGGACUUGUUGGACACACCAGAUCCAUAUGUGGAGUUGUUCAUCCCGACAACCCCAGACAGCAGGAAGAAGACCAAGCACAUAGACAACAACGUCAAUCCAAAAUGGAACGAGACGUUUCAUUUCAUACUAGACCCCAACCUGCAGAAUGUCCUUGAGGUCACAUUAAUGGAUGCCAAUUAUGUGGUGGACGAGACUCUCGGGACUGCCUCCUUUGACAUCUCCGACCUCAAAGUUGGCCACAAACAGAAGGAGACCUUCCUCAUUGGCAAAGCAACCAAGGUCUACUUAGAGAUGUUCCUGGAGAUAUGCACCAAAUUGGAUCUACGGUUCAGCCUGGCCUUGUGUGACAAUGAGAAGCAGUUCCGACAGAGGCGACGAGAAAGAGUGACGCUGGGCAUCAAGAAGCUACUCCACAUGGAGAAGCCUCAAUUCCUUCCCAGCUCACCGGAAGAGGUACCCAUCAUUGCUGUCUCGGGUUCAGGAGGUGGCUUUCGUGCCAUGGUCGGCUACUCGGGUGUGACGAAGGCCCUCUUUGAGUCUGGAGUUCUAGAUUGUGCCACUUAUAUUGCCGGUCUUUCCGGAUCCACCUGGUACAUGUCCAGCCUCUACUCCCACCCUGACUUUCCAAACAUAGGCCCAAAAGAGAUCAACAAGGAACUAAUGAAGAGAGUUAGCAGUAACCCAUUGAGGCUUUUGCUGCCCCAACACAUAACCAACUACAUCCAAGCCUUGUGGACCAAGAAGGCUUCUGGACAGCCAGUGACCUUCACCGAUAUCUUUGGUAUGCUUAUCGGGGAAACACUCGUACCUGCGAGGAUGGACAUCAAGUUAAGUGACAUUCAGGAGAAAAUAAACCAGGCCCAAAGUCCUCUUCCUCUCUUCACCUGUCUGCAUGUUAAGCCUGAUGUUUCCGAGCUCAUGUUCGCAGACUGGGUGGAGUUCAGCCCUUAUGAAAUUGGAAUGGCAAAAUACGGCACCUUCAUGACACCUGACUUGUUCGGAAGCAAGUUCUUCAUGGGGACGGUUGUCAAGAAAUACGAAGAAAACCCUCUUCACUUUCUAAUGGGUGUGUGGGGCAGCGCCUUUUCCAUUCUUUUCAACAGAGUGCUUGGGGUCAAAAACACACCAGGAGGCUCCACCAUGGAGGAGGAGUUAGAGCAGAUCAAACCACAGCACAUCGUCGGAGAUGACAGCAUGGACAACGAGGAUGAAGUCCGCAAAGGCGGCACAGAGAACCAGGAGGCCGAUGACGAGUAUCAUCGCACUGCUCAGGCCAGCUGGGUUCAACGGAUGUUCACGUCGCUCUUCAGCGACUCCGCCUUGUUCAACACCAGAGAAGGCCGCGCCGGCAAGGUGCAUAACUUCAUGUUGGGUCUGAACCUGAACACCAGCAUGCCUUUCUCUCCCGUCAGUGGGCUCAUCCGCUCCGCAGCUACACCCGAGGAAGAGGUGGAUGCCGUCACAGACCCGGAUGAGUUUGACCGUAUCUACGAGCCUCUGGAUGUGAAAAGUAAGAAGAUCCACGUGGUGGAUAGCGGCCUGACGUACAACCUUCCCUACCCUCUCCUCCUGCGGCCCCAACGUGGCGUCGACCUCAUCAUCUCCUUUGAUUUCUCUGCACGACCGAGUGACUCCAGCCCCCCGUUUAAGGAGAUCCUGUUGGCUGAAAAGUGGGCUCGAAUGAACAAGCUUCCGUUCCCGAAAAUCGAUCCCAAAGUCUUCGACCGCGAGGGCCUCAAGGAAUGCUACGUGUUCAAACCCAAGAAAGGCGAAAAGAACUGCCCGACUGUCAUCCACUUUGUCCUGGUGAACAUUAACUUCAGGCAGUUCAAAGCGCCGGGUGUUCCAAGAGAGACUGAGAAGGAGAAAGAGUUUGCAGACUUCGACAUCUUUGAUGAUCCCGAGUCGCCAUUCUCCACUUUCAAUUUUCAAUACUCCAACGAGGCUUACACUCGACUUCACGAUCUGAUGGAGUUCAACACCCUCAACAACUUGGAGGUGAUUAAAGAAGCCAUCAAAGAUCGCAUCGUGUCUCGGAAGGAGAAUCCUUCAAACCUCACGUUGCCCUUCUCCCUCAGUGAAAUCCCCAGAAAGAGGCUUCUCAAAAGGAAACUUCAUGCCACAUCCUGGAAUGGGGACAAUGACCAACAAGAUUGACUUGCAUUUUCUUUUUGGAAAAUCAUCUUGACUUUGUAUCUCGUGUCAUGACAUUGAUGCUGAAAGGGAUUUCGGAAGCAACUGUGAUGUUUACUGGUUGGAAUCACACUGACAUUUUUCACUUGGCUUCAUUUGCACGUAGUGGGAAAACAGCUAACGUUUGCUUUCCCCCUCGCCGAAACUGGAUGUCACCAUUUUUAUACUGUAUGAGCAGCAAGAUCUUGUUACUGUCUCUGUACUUUUUAAAAAACAACCAAGUCACAUA